AUGCAAUCUUGCGGUGCAGGACAAGUCGAACAGCCUUCUCUGCGGCGACAUAGGACCUUACUCAGUGCUGAGGCCUCCCCCGCCAAGCAGGCCACGGAACUCAAUUCUUUACUCGGAAACGCCAACUCAAAAAUCAAGUCCGGUACCUCCAUCGUCUUUUCUCCCACGAUUCCGCCACCAGGAUCAUCGCCACAGACUAUCUCCAUGAUCAACCAGCCACUCACCCUGGAGAAAGCUCAAUCGAAAGCGAGAGUAGAGGUCGACUUAUUGCUUUCUUGUGACACGUUCGUCCAAGGACAGAGCAUCUCGGGGCAAUUGGUUAUCCGUACUCCAAAGAGGUCGAAAAAGAAGUCUCCCGUCUUGAUGAAGGAUGGGAAGUUGCGCAUCAUCGGGUUCGAGUGUCUCGCCGAGAGUACUCACAGGCAUGUGUUCUACCAAUGCAGUCAACGCCUGGAGGACGUGAGCUACGCCAGCGAUCAGAUCUACUUCGACGGUCCUGAGCAAGGCGAUGAGGAAGGUUACCGCAGCUGUCGAGAGGGGAUCCACACUUUUCCAUUCGAGAUGUGUCUGCCUGUCAAGCAAGAAGGCGGGGACGCGAAGGGGACGGUGGAUAUGCCAGGUGUCGCAGUGCGAUACAUCACGAUGAUGUGA